AUGCAGCGAAUCAAUUCUUACCCUUUCAAGGCACCUGUAGGGAGGGGUUCCAGCGUCCUUUCGGCCCUUCAAGACCUGUCCUGGCUCUCCAAAUCCAAAGUUGAGAAACAGCUGCAGAUUAUAUCCGUGCUGCAAUGGAUACUGACCUUCCUGUUCCUGGGUGUAAGUUGCUCAAUCGUUCUCUUGUACUUCCUUUGUACCGACUGCUGGGUGAUCACGGUGGUGUAUUUUGCCUGGCUGGUCUUUGACUGGAACACUCCCGUGAAAGGUGGAAGGAGGUCUCAGUGGGUCCGAAACUGGGCCAUGUGGCGGUAUUUCCGGGACUACUUUCCCAUACGACUUUUCAAAACCCACAACUUAUUGACCACUCGGAAUUACAUUUUGGGCUACCACCCGCAUGGCAUCUUUGGACUCGGGGCCUUUUGCAACUUCAGCACGGAAGCCACGGGCGUGGGCCAGAAGUUUCCUGGGAUCCGGCUGCACCUCGCCACGCUUGCUGGCAACUUCCGAUUGCCCAUUUUGAGGGACUACUUGAUGUCUGGGGGUAUCUGCCCCGUGAACCGCGACAGCAUAGACUACAUCCUUUCCAAAAAGGGCACCGGGAAUGCCGUUGUGAUCGUAGUUGGUGGGGCCGCCGAAUCUCUCAACUGUGUCCCAGGCAAAAACUCUGUGACUCUGAAGAACCGGAAGGGUUUUGUCAGGCUGGCAUUACGACACGGGUAA